GUGCGGUCACAAAAGUGCGGUUAAGUAUAGCGCUGCACAGUAGAGGUUAUGUAUCCUUAUUUCAUAAAUUGAUAGAGAUUCCAGUUCUUUUGGAAUAACAGUGAUAAUGGCAUUACUCCGACACGGCAGGUCGUUUCUAAAGAAUCGCAUGUUCAAUGCGCCCGUUCGACAUCAGCAUGGUUACAUCGUUUUGCUUCCAGAGAUAGGCGAAGAAGCCCCCGAAAAAAACCCGCUCUAUCACAACGAUGGGCUUCCCAAGUUCACGCAAAUCACAAUAGAAAAUUGCAGGGCUGCGAUGGCCCAGCAAACGAUGGACUUCGAAAUGGGCGUUCAAGAGAUUGAGAAUAAACUGACAAACUCACAAUGCAGCGACGCGUUUAAGGAUAUAAUCGAUCCGAUAGAGAAAUUAGGGAAUAUUAUGGAAACCACAUGGGGCUUGUCGAAGACUUUGUACUUGGGAAAUAACACUCUAAUGCCAACGUCCAGCUAUGUGGCGAUACAUGAACGUGCCAGACGAGCCCGAGCAGCCAAAUACACCAGUAAAACAGUUCAUUCGGUUCUGAAGAACGAGUUGGAGGAGAAUCGAGAAAGAACUGUCGAGCAAACGAGAGUUUUGCAGAAAUUUCGGCUAGAAGGCAAGCUAAAUGGCUUGGAACUGGUAGGAAGAAACGCGGAUAUUUUUAAGCAUGAUUUCGCCAAACUCAACAUUGAGAAGAAAAACUUCAAGUUUAAGAACGACUUAUCACUUAGACAGCAUUCGCAAAUAGUUGGCGAAAUCAGUAUUGUAGGCGAUUUUCCAGAAGACUUAUUACAGGCUACAGCAAUGGAUCCGAAUAAUUACAAAAAAGGUCCAUGGAAGUUUACAUUAAUGCCGCACGUGUAUACGCCCCUAAUGCAACAUUGUCCAAACCGUGAAAUUCGAUGGCUUUUAUGGAAAUCGAACGCGACUAGAGGAUCAGUUGUAGGCGAAAAAGAGCUUGCAACCAGUUUGCACGUGGAGGAAAUUCGAUUUCUUCGAGCCAAUAUUGCAAAUUACUUGGGGUACAAAUCUUAUGCAGACAUGUCGAUGGAAACGAAAAUGGCAGGGAGUCGAAGUGAAGUGAAUAGAGUUCUAGGUUUACUGCUGGACAGAGCUAGACCGGCUCAAGAUGAGGAACUGGAUAACUUGCUGAUAUUUGCAAAUGAACACGGUUUCAGGAGCGAUAGAUUGGAGCUAUGGGACGUUCCUUACUGGCGGCUCAAGCAAAAGCAAUUACUAUUCGGCUACGAUGAAAAUAAGUUGAAGGACUUCUUCCCUUUGAACACUGUGCUCAAUGGCAUGUUCCAACUGUGUGAAAAACUGUUCAAUAUCGUGAUAAAAGUCCGAAGUGGCGUGACGGGAUGGCACAAAGAUGUAAGGUUUUAUGAUAUAUUCGAGCCGCACAGCUCAGCGCCGGUAGCUGGAUUUUACCUGGAUCCUUAUGCGAGAUCAGAAGACAAGUUCAAGGUGGCCAACUCUGGCUGGAUGGUAGGCAUACAGAGUAAAAGCGAAGUAACCGACACGAAACCUCUGGCGGCGCUGAUUUUCAAUUUCGAAUCGCCCCAAGGCGAUAAACAAUCUCAUCUCACAUUUUCCGAUGUAAAGAUGCUAUUUGAAAAAUUCGGCCACUCUUUACAGCACUUACUAACCCGAACCUACUACUCGGAAGUGGCGGGUCUUUCCAAUGUGGAAUGGGAUGCGGUGGGCAUCAGCGGACACAUGCUGUCUCAUUGGCUCUAUAACGAAGAAGUAAUGAGGACCAUAUCAUGCCACUGUGGCAGUGGAGAUAAGCUCUCCCAAGCAACAUUCGAGAAGAUUUGCCAAGCAGAACAGCACAUGGCCGGCUUGGACUUGUGCAAUGAGCUCUAUCUAUCCGCCUUGGACUUGGAGCUGUACUCAUCCAAAGACUAUUGGCUGGACAUAGUCAAGCGGCUUUGGCCCCAGUACAAGAGCUUCGAAUAUCAGUACAAAAUCGACGCUCACCCCUGCCACUUUACGCAGAUUUUUGUCGAAGAUUGGGCCGCGGCCUAUUAUUCGCAUGUUUGGUCAAGAAUGGUGGCCGCCGAUGUGUACAGCGCUUUUUACGAAGUCAGAGACAAUGAGCAACAAACAAAAGACGUGGGAAAACGAUUUAGGGAUACGUUCUUGGCCAUGGGCGGCAGCGAGCAUCCGAGCAAAGUGUUCAGGGAGUUCAGGGGACGCGAUCCUUCCCAUAAAGCGCUGCUGAAGUCAUUGGGCUUGAAAAAGCCGCAGCUGGAAAACUAGUUUGGAUUGACUUAAGUGCACGAAUUGAAGGAGUGCUACUGGUUUGCUCUUUAAUUAGACAUUGUUGACUGACUGUUAUUUUAUGUCCUAGUCCGAAGUGAGCUAGGUAGUGUGCAAAUGAAGUGUUAUGGUUUUUAAUAAACUAAUCUAUCGAUACAUGUUUUCGCAGAUGUGAGCGACGGAAAUGGCUGUAAAUAGUGACUAAACUGUUAUUAAAAACCCCAGUUUUGGUCGA